CCCCAAACAUGGAUUGGAUUUGAAAAUAAGUGUUUUUAUUUUUCUGAAGAAACAAGAAAUUGGACAUUCAGCCAGACCUUUUGUGCCUCUUUAGAAGCUUAUCUUGUUCAGUUUGAAACUGCAGAGGAACUGAAUUUCCUGAAAAGAUACAAAGGCCCUUCUGACCACUGGAUAGGCCUCAGAAGAGAGUCAUCACAUCACAUUUGGAAAUGGACACACAACCCUGAAUACAAUGUCUCGUCUGUCAUCAAAGGAGGUGGGGAAUGCGCCUACCUGAAUGAUAAUGGAGUCAGUAGCGCCAGGGUCUACACAGACAGGAAAUGGAUUUGCAGCAAACCGAGUAACGUCUGCAGAUGCCAAGUUUCUUCCAGGUCUUUAUAGGUAAUUCCCCACUGUGGGGGACCAUAACAUUUCACUUUUAUUUUACAAAGCCAUCCCUGAGGAACAUAACACAAGGAUAUGGAAGAGCAUGAUUCUAAAUUAUAUAAGUUUUAAAUUGUAUGAGUUGAUAUUUGUAUUUAAAACCCUGAGUAUAAUCAGUAUCAAUGAACUCAUCUUUUCUGUAGACAUCCUUUCUUUGCCUAAAAAUGACCAUGUUGGCUGACACCAUCCAAAAUGAUUUCAAAAACUAAU